UGAAAGAGGAGCCAUUUUGAUCACCUCAAUUUUUUCAUUUCUUUGAAAAUAGGUAUUUGCUUUGGGUCAUACCAUGAAGCCAGAGACUAUGGGCAUAUGGAUGUGGAUUUUACCAGAAAAAAUCAGGGAUAAGAAUGGUCGAGAGAUUACAAUAAUUCUCCUUGACUCUGAAGGGAUUGACUCUGUUGAAUCUGAGGCUUCAAGCGACCACAGGAUCUUCACAUUGUCUUGUCUGCURUCUUCGAUUUUACUCUACAAUUCAGUUGGAGUUCCAAAAAUGAAAGAUUUGAAUGAUUUAGAGUUGGCCGCAUUGGUUCAACUGUUCGUACAGGCUCUCAACAUUCCUGGUAAUGUGCCCAACUUUCAAAACGCUUGGGACAUUUUUGUUGAAACUACUUGUGGUGAAGCUGUUAAGGAGUCAAUCGAGAUGUACAAAGUGGAGAUGGCGUCCCGAGCUAAGAACAAAAUCCCUUGCGAUGCUGACAUGCUUCGCUUGGCCAACGAAGAAGUGAUGGCAAAGUGCGUGCAGAACUUUCUGACGAAAACAGCUUCUUUAUCGACAAAAAGCAUCAAAGAGUUUCAGGAAGACCUUGAGGUUAAAGCUUCCAGUAUUUUUGAAGAGUACAUACGGCAAAAUAAAGAACAAACUACUGCUGGAUGCCGAGAUUUGCUAAAAAACCUCAAGAAAGAAAAAUGGCAGCCCAUUCUCGUUCGUCUAAGUGGUCCAAGUGCGAGUAAAAUGGAAUUCAAAGAAGUUGUAGAGGCAUACGACGCAGUGAAGAACGAGUACCAAUCUAAAGCCAAAGGGGCAAAGGAUAUGAUACAGGAUGUGUUCAUGGAAUUUUUGCCGGAAUUCAAAAAGGAAAUGGAGCAAAAUCAUGAUAUACUGAAACUGAUGAAGGACUAUGAUGCCGAUAUUGAAAACCAGAAGACCAUGAAUGCUGCUAUAGAGAAGGUUCAGAAGGAAAAUGAGGAGCGUAUUGCAGUGAUGGAAGAUCAAAUGAGAGCCUCGCCACACCCCUCGUUCUACCCAAUAACUGUAACUGGGACRASAAGACCGGAAAAUAUACCACGAAACCGAAUGUCGAACGUCAAACUCUAAUCGUGGUUGAUAAAGCAUUAGAUCAACUGCGAGAAAUCAAGGGUCAUGUAUGCGUGGUUUCCAUUGCUGGUCCUUGCAGAAAGGGGAAAUCGUACAUCCUUAGCAAGGUGUUUGAUCAGGGAAAGGUGUUYCCMYUGGGUCAUCYUAUGGAWCCAGAAACCAUGGGAAUAUGGCUAUGGGUGGUGCCAGAGAAAUUCAAAGACAGYACAGGAAGAGAGUUYACAGUAGUUCUGWUGGAUUCUGAAGGCAUCGAUGCAGUUUUCAGUAAACAAUCUGAUGAUCACAAGAUCUUUACUUUGUCAGUUCUGUUGUCAUCUAUCAUGAUWUAUAACUCUACUGGUGUGCCAAACAGAUCUGACCUUGAAGGCCUCGGCUUUAUUGCCAAACUGUCUAAAUGCAUUCAACUGCAAACUGACCAAUCAACCACCGAUGACCAGCAAUUCUUUGAAGCUUUUCCRUACUUCAUCUGGCUUUUGAGAGAUGUGCUGCUCUCUCUCCCCGAGGAAUGCAAAACGUUGAAAGAUUACUUCCUAAAAAAAGUUCUCAACUGCRAAGCUGAAGGAUACACAGAGAUAGCCAAGAAGACCGCUGAGAGCAUUUUGAAGUAUUUUUCAGGAUUUGAUGCCUGUUCACUUCCUCUUCCAACUGAUGAUGAAAAGGCUAUAAAGAAUCUCGACGAUGAAAAAUUCAAAUCUCAAAUARAACCAAAAUUCUUAAAACAAGUCGAAGACUUCAAAGCUGUCCUUCACUCGAAGCUGUCACCCAAGACGUCUAUCAACAAAGGAGAGUUCGUCACUGGCGAAGCGUUAGCAAAACUGAUCCAACUGUUCGUAGAUGCACUCAAUACACCUGGUGCUGUACCCAACGUACAAAACGCCUGGGACACAUUUGUACAAACCAAAUGCAGCGAGGUCUUAGCUGAUGCUGUGAAGGCAUACGAACAGGAAAUGACGUCAUUCGUCGAGAAGGAAAUUCCUUGUGAAGCCGAUUUGUUACGAUCUGUGCAUGACAACGCCAUGGAAAAGUGCCUUGAAAUGUUCCACGAUGAGACUUUUUCGUUUUCUACCAAAAGUGUUGACAAGUACUUAAAAAAACUGACGGACAAAACCAAUUUCACCUUCUCAUCGUGGCUUGAGAAGAACAACAGAGAAACAGAAACCUUUUGCACUCAGCUUAUCAAAGAACUCAAGCGAACCAUCCUUGACCCGGUCCUUGCUCGCCUUCGUAGUCAAGAAGGAUCCAAGAUGCAGUUCAGUGACAUUGUUGCUGCUUACAAUGAAAUCCAGCAAAAGUAUUCCAGCAACGCUCGUGGUGCUAAGGAUGUCCAGGCAGCGGUGUUUAUGAACUUCCAUCCGGAACUUCAAAAAGAAAUGGAGCAACACAUCAAAGUCUUGGAACAGAUGAAAGACUAUGACGAGUCCCUGGCUAAGGAAAAAGCCGCCAAAGCUGCUUCGGAGGAAGAGAAUCAGAAGAUUAAGGAGGAGAACGCUCGUAUUGAAAGAGAGAAAAGGGACAAAGAAAGAGCGAUGGAGGUCCUUCUUCAAAAGCAAGAAGAAGAUAAAGCCAGAUUGCAAGAGCUUUAUGAGCAGAACUUGAAAGACCAUCGCGAACAGCUGACAAACAUGAUGGAGGCUAACUUUGAACAGCUAAGAAAAGACAGAGAAGCUUUCUUGGCUCUUCAAAAGAACGUGGAAGACAUCAAGCGUCUAAUGCAAGAAAGUGAAAAAAGGAAAGGAAAAUGCUUAAUUCAAUAGAUAGGAAAUGUACAACAAACUGAUCAAAACAGAACAUUAACAAUAAAAAAUAGUCAUAAAUAUGAAUCUCAAUCAUAGUAAGCUGUAAGCUUUCGUGAAAGGAUUCAUUGUUAGAUAUUCAGCCAUAAAAUACUAAUAACAGCAUGAACUAAAUGUAUGUGGAAAUGUAUUAAAAGCAACGAGCAUUCAAGCGUUUUGUAUUUAAAAAA